CUUUUCGCUUCCACUAAUCGGAGUCGACAUGGUGACCGGAGAAGAAGGUUUCUCGAGUUCUAUCUGAGUUUCUAAUAUGAAAAGUUUGAAUUUCGAGGCGGGAGAUUUGCCAAAUCAUUGUUCUUCUGUCCCAUAUUUGGAAAGUUUCGCGCCAAUUCGAUUUUAGGUGAUGUUGGAUCUAGUUUAUGAUUGAUUGAUUACUGUAAGCUCUAAGGCUUGUCUUUAGUACGAAUUGAUCGGUCUUGAUGGAUGACCAUGGUGGCUCCGGAGCUGGUGAGCUGAGCCUUGAGGAUCUGAUGGAUGAAUAUUCUUCCCGACCCUCUCAAAUAGCUGAAUGGUUAUGGUGUGUUGAAUAUGCAGCCAAAUUUGUGAAGGAUUUAAGACGCAUUCGCGAUUUGAUGAACAUGGGUUAUCAAUACUCAAAUGACUAUGGGAAGAGGAUCAAUGAAGUCCUGUCUCUUAGAGUCUUGGAGUUUAUGUUUGAUCCAUGUAAGAAUGAUGCUCAUGGUGUUGGUGUUGGUUCUACUUCAGAGGAAAAGGUUGAGUUUGAUUUAUCUUUGAGUAGCGCAUAUGUUCUCAGAGCAAUUCUGAGAGAGAUACAAGUCCCAGUAUCAGAAUUACGAGCAGGCAUGCCAGAGCUAUCAAAGUUCAAUGUUCUUCCAUUUAUUGCUCACAAGAACUUGUGUUUGCCUCAAUGUGCACUGGAGAAGCUGAGAGAUGUGAGCUUUAUGGAGAAUCAGACAACUCCUUCCAUGGAAGCAGAUGACCCUGUUUUUAGAGAUGAUAGAUCAGUCCACAUGGAUACAUGCGAGGAGGAGCCUAUAGAUGAGCAACAAGUGCAUAUUGGUCUGGAUCAAAACAUUAACGAGAAGGAACCCAUUGACGAGCAACAAGUGCAUAUUGGUUUGAAACAAAACAUAAACGAGAAGAAUAAAGUAAUUGCCAUCGACGAUGAAGAUGAGCCAAUGCACACCAAUGAAAAAGGUGAAGUAAUUGUGAUCAAUGACGGUACUGAGAGUGAGCAAGACACAACCAGUGAACCAAUUAACAACGGUAAUGCUACUGAUGACACCUUUCCUCCAAGCUCUAGAAGAUGUCCAGAGGAUUCACAUGUAAAAUGUACAAAAGAUGGAACUUGGUUAAUCAGUGGGAGCGAUGAUGAGUCAGAUAAAGAUCCAGCCUCAGUCAAGAAAAAUCCAAACACUUACUUGAAUUCGAGCUCCCAAACAAGACCGGAGAAUGUAUGCUGGAAAUGUGAGAAAGAAGGAACAUUGUUGAUAUGUAGCAGAAGCGAGUGUGCAACAAAAGUUCACAAAGAAUGUUUGAACGGUCCAGUGAACGUUGACGAAGACGGGAACUUUCUGUGCCCUCUGUGCUGGUAUGACCGAGUUGCCAUGGAGUACCAUGAAUCUCAGAAGUUGAUUAGCUGCGCCAAGAGAAGAUUGGUGAAGUGUUUCCCGGUGUUUUCCGUAAGAAGCAAGAGAGUCAAGUGAUGAAAUUCUUGCUGUGCAACAUCACCGUAACAUAAUCUCGUAUUGUCUUUUCUUUUCUGCGUAAUUCAGAUAUGGAAUUGUAGAAUUAAGUACAUGCGUCUUUGUGCAAUUCGAAAUUCGCUUGUUCUUUGUAUA